UUUCAUCACGUAUGUAUCUUCUUUAGUAAAUGUCUUCUAAAAUAUCAGAACUGAAAUAAGAAUAUUUAGUUUACAAAUAAAGUUAAUUUUUUGCUGUGGAAAGCAAAUCAAAGCGUUUUCUUCUCUCUUUUUGUCUCAUUUAUAUAUUUUUGUGGAGGCAAAGACGGCAAAACCUGACGUGUACACAGCGCAGGCGUAAAGAAUUCCGCGAGAGCAGCGUAUCGAAAGAAACAGCACCAUCACAGCUCCAACAGUUCAAGCUAUUCUCCAUCCGUGUGCUCAGUGGAGCGUCUUCCGCGUUUUGUGGCUGCGUCGCUUAAUUGGCCCAAAAGUAUCUCAAGUGUGUGAUUGUGAAAGUUCCUGAGCAGAAAAAGAAUCAGAAGAAUGUACGUGAGACGAGCUCUGCUCUUUGCCUGCCUGCUGUGCCUCCAGCCGCUGGGUCCCUCGCUGGCCAGCGAGGAUGAGUCCAAUCCGCUGCUGGAUAUGGCCUCUAUGUUCUUUCAAGAGGCGCUGUCCAAUCAGAACGGUGGCAAUAACGGAGCAGGCGGUGGCGGAGGAGCUGGUGCUGGCCUAGCGGGCGUAGCCUCGCUGCUGGGCACCUUCAUGCAGGCCAGUGGAAAGUCUGGAGGUGGUGGCGGCGGCGCCGGCGGUGCCAUGCAAAUCCUUUCGGGCCUGGGCAGCCUUUUGGCCAACAAUGCCCGUGGAAAUGGCGGUCAGGGCGGCGGCGGCGGAUUUGAUCCCUCAAUCAUCGGCAAUGUCCUGGAGAUGUUCACCCAGGGAGACGAUGAGGAAUCCACCUCGAGCCAAAAGCGCAGCAAUGGCGGAAACGGCGGUUCCGAGUCUGGAAUUGGUCUCGACACCAUACUCCAAGUUGCCUCAGCUUUCAUGAACACCCAAGGCAACGACAAGGCGUCGCAUCAUCACCAGAAGCGAUCCGCUGGCGAGGAGCCUGAAAGCGAAAACGGACUGAUGAAUCUUCUGCCAUUGGUGAUGCAGGCGGUCAGCUCCUUUGCCGGUCCCGAGGGUCAAAGCACCCAGGAGAAGCACAAGAGUCAUGCCUGGGUACUGCCACCGUUCCUUGAGCACAUUCACGUACUGUGGGAUCACUUCUCCAACUCCGAACUGGCCGAUGCUCUCUACGAGAAAUCUGGAGUCAACAAAAUCAUGAAGGGAUUCAAGGGCAACGAUGGCAAGCUGGACUAUGACAAGCUUUUCGAGUCGCUGAACAACCAAUCCUUCCGCCGGCGCUGGAUCAAGUCGGCCACACUCUAUCUAGCCGACUGGGCCAGCUAUCUGGCCAAUCCCGAUGUGUACCUCAGGUACUUCCAGACGGCACAGAUCAUGUUUAACGGACUGCUGAAGUCUCAAGGUUACCCCAAGCAGACUCACUUCGAUCCCUCGCGUCCGGGUGAGACCAUCUCGAAUCUGCUGGACCAUGUGGCCAAGCAUCAUCUGAAUGUGAAGAUUGACUCACGGCAGUAUGUAAAGCCGGCAGUGGGCUAUGCCAAGGAGCUGCUGAAACUCGGUCAGGCACGCGGAUUAUUGCAGUUCAAUGCCACCGAAAUCAGCGAUAAGCUAACGGAUACGCUCAACCUGGAGGUUAUUGAACCGGUGCUAAAAGUCCACCGCGCCUACAGAUACAUCUCGAAGACGCCGCAAUGCGACCGCUACGUGCUCUGCCAGCUGAAUGCAGCAGCCCUCGAUCUCCAGCAGAAGCAGCAGCAGCAUGACCAGUACCAGCAGCACCACCAAAAGCAGCAGCCACGGCAGUCGGCGGCGUCUGGUCUGAUCGCCGGAGUCAGUCCGAAAAUCGUCAAGAUCGGCAGCAUGGGUGCAGCGAUCUUCAUUAGCACGGAAACCGGUACGCCAUUCUGGACGCUAUUCGGUGUGAUCAAUGCCCCAUACAAUUGCGAGGCCAAAUACCCCGUCGACUGCAAUGGUUUCCACGAGGGCGAGGCCAAGGUGACCACGGAAUACAUCCACAACGAGUUGUAGUCGCCCCACCACUCUCAGGU